AUGCGGCCGAUUCUGCCACAUCCAUCCUUCAUUCAGGUUGCCAAGCCUUAUGUCUUCGAACAUACAAUUCAGGACUGCCUGACUGCGCUGGUUAUUGACCCCCAAAGAGAAGACAACAAUCGAGUUUUGGGUGUGGGCUGGAUUGACAAUGUCCGCAAAUCUCUUCGCCUGCCCGUUCGUACAUACAACACUGCUUGUGUGUACUAUCACAAAUUCAGACUGGUUCAUCCAGAUAGCCAGUACAACUACAUGGAUGCCGCCGCAGCAGCCUUGUUCACAGCAUGCAAAAUCGAGGACACUCUCAAGAAAUCCCGAGACAUUGUGUGUGCUGCGUACAAUUUGAAGCUGUCGCCGUCGGAGCAGGUAUCACCUGAUGACGCAAUAUUCGACCAGCAAUACAGAGGUAUCAUUAUCUUGGAAAGACUAAUGCUGGAAGCCUCCGGGUUUGAUUUCAGAAACCGACAUCCCCAAAAAUUGCUUGUCAAAUUGGCAAAGCAGCACGGGAUCAAGAAUGAAGACGAGGUUGGAGUUGUCGCGUACUCCAUCUCUCUGGAUCUUUACCGAACAUUUGCGCCGUUGAAACAGACGACGGGUGCGAUGGCUUUUGCUUGUCUUGAGCUGGCCUCUCGUCUCAUCGAUGCUGGCUUGGUGGACAUCGAGACUGGCAGAGACUAUGAUAAAUUUAAAAUCGACCGCGCAGAGGUCAUGGAGACAUUGCUUGACCUACUCGAUUUAUAUAUCCAAAAUCGUCCCAACACUGUCGUCGGGCCGGAAUUUCCUGUGGAGGCCUUUCUGACUAUUCGCAUCCCACUCAACAAGGAAGCAGAGGAUAGGAAUCUACCGCGAUUCACCAAUUGGAAGAGCAGCAGUAAAGAUUCCGAUCCCGACCAGAACACAGUCAACGGAAAUGGUAAACAUGGCAAAUAUCCUGGGCCCAGCAACAAAGGUAACAGGGGUAAAGAAGCAGACUCUAAUAUAGCCAACCCACAAAACCCACUCACCCCGACUUCUGCAAAUGGCGAAAGACCCGGGCUUAGUGAUCGUGGCCGGGAUGGCACUGUUCGUUUUAUGUUAGACCCUGAGCGUGCCGAUGCCGAGAAAAAGGUGGUCUCGUCCUAUUUCAAUGACCAAAUACACGAGGUCGCUGAAGGCUGA